AUGGACUACAAGCGCCCAAGAGGACACUUGCACAGCGUGGAGCUGCGCUGCAGUCGACGUAGGUAUUGCGUUUUGAGGUGCGUUUAUGACGAAGAUCCUGUACGGUACUGCAUAUUCAAAAUCCCGUCUCCUCGACCCGUAACAGGAAUGGAGCAACCGACAUUCCUGUUACUCUUUCUGCAAAAGCCAUGUGGAACGUUAAGGUUGGCCGUGAGCGAGCAAGUAUUGCUCUGUAGCAACUCAUUGGUUUGGAUCGAAAGGGACGCUGCAAUUAAACACUAG